CAGACUUUUAAAGUAACAGAAGUCCUCCAACUUUUCCAGUGUGGAGAGGGAUUUGGAGAGGGAGCCCGGAGGCAGCAGUUUGAGGCAAGCAUUUCCUGUGCUCAAGUAGAUUUGAGUAGCCUGAAGCCAUGGGGCAAGCUCUAAGUAUCAAGAGCUGUGACUUCCAAGUGGCAGAAAACAACGAGGAGCACCACACCAAAGCCAUCAGCUCCCAGCACCUUAUUUUGAGGCGGGGACAGUCCUUCAGUGUCACCCUGAACUUCCGUGCCCCAGUCCACACAUUUCUGUCUGCCCUGAAGAAAGUGGCUCUCAUUGCACAAACUGGAGAGCAGCCUUCCAAGACCAACAAGACCCAAGCCAUCUUCCCAAUUUCCUCUCUGGGGGACCAAAAAGGAUGGAGUGCAGCAGUGGAAGAAAGAGAUGCCCAAUACUGGACCAUCUCUGUGACCACACCCGUGGAUGCUGUCAUUGGCCGCUACUCACUCCUGCUUCAGGUUUCAGGCAGGAAACAAUACCUCUUGGGCCAGUUCACACUCCUCUUUAAUCCCUGGAAUAGAGAUGAUGCUGUAUUUCUGCAGAAUGAGGCUCAACGCACUGAAUAUGUAUUGAACCAGAAUGGCCUUAUCUACCUGGGCACAGCUGACUGCAUUCAGGAAGAGCCCUGGGACUUUGGUCAGUUUGAGAGAGACGUCAUGGACCUCAGCCUGAGCUUACUCAGUGUGGACAAGGAAGUGGAGGAGUGGAGCCAGCCUGUACAUGUGGCCCGGGUGGUGGGCGCCUUGCUGCAUGCUCUCAAGGAGAAGAAUGUCCUACCUAUUUCACAGACCCAGGCUGCCCAGGAAGGGACCUUGCUGUACAAGCGACGGGGCAGUGCGCCCAUCCUGCGGCAGUGGCUCACUGGCCAAGGGCGACCCGUGUAUGAGAGCCAGGCCUGGGUGUUUGCUGCUGUUGCUUGCACAGUACUACGCUGCCUGGGCAUCCCAGCACGUGCUGUUACCACGUUUGCCUCAGCCCAGUGUACCCAGGGGAGCCUGCUGGUGGAUGAGUACUACAACGAGGAGGGAGUCCAGAAUGGAGAAGGACAGCGGGGCCGUAUCUGGGUCUUCCAAACCUCUGUAGAAUGCUGGAUGAGCAGACCUGAUUUGUCCCAGGGUUAUGACGGAUGGCAGAUUCUGCACCCAAGAGCUCCUAAUGGAGUUGGAGUCCUGGGAUCCUGUAAUCUGGUCCCAGUCAGAGCGGUCAAGGAUGGGGAACUGCAGCUGGACCCGGCAGUAUCAGAGCUCUUUGCUGCAGUAAAUGCCUCCUGUGUUGUCUGGAAGUGCUGUGAAGAUGGGACACUGGAGCUGACCAACUCUAACCAAAAGAACAUUGGCAAUGGCAUCAGCACCAAGGUCAUGGGCUGUGACCGCUGCGAAGACAUUACUCAGAACUACAAGUAUCCUGCAGGAUCUCUUCAAGAAAAAGAGGUACUGGAGAGAGUCCGAAAACAGAGAAUAAAACACAGGAAAGACAGUGUGGCCGGGCAUCCUCCCAGCUGUGAGCCUCUUGGUCCUCUGCACCUGUUCUUGGAUGUGUCCAGCUCCCUCCCCCUGAGAGGAAAUGGUCAGCUCUCAGUGACCCUGAUUAACCCCACAGACGAGGAGAAGGAGGGGCAUCUGGUGCUUGGAGUCCAGGCUGUUUACUAUGAUGGAGUCCUUGCUGCUGUUCUCUGGAAGCAGAAGAAGUCCUUCACAAUCAGACCCAACCAGGUCCUGAAAAUUUCCACCGGCCUGUCCUCCUCCUAUUUUGAGCAAACCCCACCUGAGAACAGCUUCCUCAGGGUCACAGCAAUGGCAACACACUCCCACACCAGCCUCAGCUGCUUCGCUCAGGAAGACAUGGCCAUUGGCAGACCGCAUCUCGUCAUCAAGAUGCCGAAGACAGCAGUGCUGUACGAGCCUCUCACCGUCUCAGUCAGCAUGCACAACUCCUUAGACUGCCCCAUGCAGAACUGCAUCAUCUCCAUCUUUGGAAGGGGACUCAUUCACAGAGAGAGGAGAUAUGGACUGGGGUCUGUGUGGCCAGGAAGCAGCCUGCAUACUCAGUUCCAGUUCACGCCAACGCAUCUGGGAGUCCAGAGGCUCACAGUGGAAGUAGACUGCGACGUGUUUCAGAACCUGACCAGCUACGCAAGUGUCCUCGUGGUGCCCACUAAUGUUUCUGUCUAAACCACAAACAACCCU